UAACCAUAACAUAUCUCUUACUAAUUAAGCAUUUUCAUAAACGUUACUUAAUUAGCAAACAACAUGCAUGCUUUUACUUUGCCUAAUAUGUUCCUAAUUCUUUUGCUAGCAUCGUCCUCUUUCUUCGAACCCCCUUAUUCGGUCUCAGUAGAGGCUCGAAAAUUAGCCACUUCUAAUGGCAUAUUCAAGGUCAAUCUCAUCCAUCGCGAUUCACCACUUUCGCCUUACUACAACUCUUCCAUGACACCACAAGAGCGCCUAAAGAAAGCACCCCUAGGCUAUAUAUCACAUGGCCAUAAUAUUCAACUAUCCUCAAAAUAUUAUAGCCUAAAUGAUGAAAAUUCAUAUGCUUUAGUUCCUAAUGGUGGAUCAUACCUCUUGGAAAUUGCCCUUGGUACCCCAGAAGUCGAAUUUUUAGCCGUGGCAGAUACGGGUAGUGACCUUAUUUGGGUCCAAUGUCAACCUUGUAACAAUUGUUUCCAACAACAAUCUCCACUCUUCGAUCCAUCCAAAUCUUCGUCCUUUCAUUUACUCCCUUGCCCUUCUUCGGAUUGCGCCCAACCAGAUCUCACUACUAGUUGUGCUUCGAUUAAUAAUAAUAAUUACAACAGUUACGAGUCAUCAUCACUGUGUGCUUAUCAAAAUAGUUACGGUGAUAAUACUCAAACUAUGGGCAUCUUAGCCACUGAAACCCUUACCUUACCCUCUCCUGAUGGUACCUCGUCGAGUCUUUCGACCACAUCCGUUUUCGGGUGUGGGUCGUACCAACAAGGCUCGCUUGGCACCCAAGGAGAAGGGAUCGUUGGACUAGGGACAGGCCCGUCUUCCUUGAUCUCGCAACUCGGUUCAAAAAUCAACUACAAGUUCUCCUACUGCUUAGCUCCUUUAACUUCCGACGUCUCAAGCAAGCUUACCUUUGGAGCCGAUUUAAAAGGCUCCGAAGUAGUGUCAACCCCCUUCCAAAUAGGAGAAAACCCCACAUUCUACCACCUUACCCUCGACAGCAUUAGCGUCGAGGGUAGGGAUAACCCGGUCCAAAUCCCGGUAGGUAUGGACAUGAUCAUCGACUCUGGUACCACUCUUACAAUGCUUCCAUCUAACAUCUACAACGACUUAAAGGCUGCUUUGGUGAAAGCCAUUGGACUUAACACGGUACCGAGCCCAAUCGAAGGUCACGAUCUCUGUUACAAUACAGAGUCAUCAGGGCAAUUUAGCCCUCCAAACGUUGCAUUCCAAUUUCAAGGGGCCGAAGUCGUGUUAAAGACAAUCAAUACAUUUCGGCAGAUUGAGGACAAUGUGAGUUGCUUGGCAAUGUUAGCAACGGAUAGUACUCCGAUAUUUGGGAAUAUUGCUCAAGUUAAUUUCGAGGUCGGGUAUGAUUUACAAGCUAAGCAAGUUUCUUUUGCUCCAGCAGAUUGUACUAAUUAAGUACGAACUACCUUUAAUUAAUCGUUAUUUCUAUUUUUACAUAUUGUACUUCCUUAUGGUAAGGUUUGUUUGUAUGGGCACACACAAGUAUGUUUGUAUUGCUAUUUCUUCGUGUAAUGAAAGUUUCGAUUUUCUGUAUCAAUAAUUCAAUAUGCUUUAAGCUCCAUAUAUGUCUGAAAGUACAUUUGCCUUAUAUGUAUGGAGAACGUUUAAGAAAA